AUGGAAGGCUGCAAACCUGUUUCAACCCCCAUACCUCUUCAUUUUAAGCUCCAAGCUGUAAAAGGAAACUUACCUGAAGAAGAAGCUGACUACAUGAAGAAGGUUCCCUACUCUAAUGCAGUGGGAAGCCUCAUGUAUGCCAUGAUAAGUACCAGGCCUGAUAUAGCCUAUGGGGUUAGCCUAGUAAGUAGAUUCAUGUGCAAUCCAUCUAAGGAAUAUUGGUCAGCUGUUAAAUGGGUCCUUAGGUAUUUAAAGGGGUCAGUGAACAAGGGUUUAGUGUUUAGAUCAAAUGCUGAAAAUUCCAGCAGCAUUAAGGGUUACUGUGAUUUUGAUUUUGCAACUGAUUUGGAUAAGAGAAGAUCCUUAUCAGGAUAUGUUUUCACUUUGGGUGGAAAUGUGAUAAGUUGGAAAGCAAAUCUCCAACACAUAGUGGCGUUAUCAACCACUGAGGCUGAAUAUGUAACAUUAACAGAAGCUAUGAAAGAAGCCAUCUGGUUGCAGGGAAUAGUUAGAGAAUUAGGUUUAGUUGAUGUCUCUUACAUACACAUCCUCCUGAUCCUAGGGUUACUCUCUGUGCGCAUUGUCAGCUUGGUAGCUCUUCCGUGGCUGCCUUCAGGUCUGCUGUUUGUUCCUGGCCUUCUCAUUGACCAAGAUGGCGUGCUUUGGAGCGCCUUUCACCUUGGAGUUUGA